AUAUAUAUAUAUAUCCACCCCGGAGUUAAUAUUACGUCCUACAUGGCGGUUUUUACCGAUGAUGUUGCGUCCGACUGACUUGUUGCAUCCUGUAUACGGACGCAAGAUUGACUAUAUCUCAAAUUCAGCCAGAAGUAGUGGAAAGGUUAGUACAAUGGCUGGGUGAAAUAUUGGCAUGGACGUUGUUUUGUCACUGGAGUGCCUUUCAGCGUAUUUCUUAGUUCCGCUGUUUGACGCGCGAAUUUUGGAGGGCGCUCUUUUGCAUCGUAUAUCAGUGGCGUAUAUUCGAUAUUUUGUUUUCGUACAAAACGUCGAUAAUGUGGCUUCUGUAUAUAAUAAAAGUUUUUAUCAAUUCUAAUGUGAGAUUUAAUUGCGUCACACAAAACGACAUUAUCCAGAACAAACGUGGGGCCCACAGAGGUGAGGGGGCGGAGUUCGCACGCGACAUGCAAGCGGCAUGUUUUUGUUAUAUUUCGGCCUUAAAACGCGGACGUAACGACGCUUGUGGUAUAAAUAUUGUAUAGUGGAAGUAAAAUAGCAGGCAUCAUGAAAAGAAGUGCCAGGAUACUCGCAUUAGCAAGAGGAAAUAAAGAAAAUUCACGUGAUUUAUUUGAUUCAACGUUGUUCAAUGAGGAACAAAUAUCUGUUUCAAGUCCUGAUUUUUCUGACACAGAUUCCAAUUAUGCACCGCCUGUACAAGAUACUUCAUCUGAUGAAUCUUACUUAUACGAUGACAAGAUUUUGGAUCGAUUUUGCUCAUUUGGCAAUGUACCUCAUUCAUCAGAAAAGUUUCAUCAGAAAAACUACUCAUUAUUAGAACUCAAGCCCAUAUCCGACAAAAACAUUGAGCAGCCUUUAAAUGAAGAAACCUCGGUAAUCUGUAGUGAUAGUAUUUUAAGUGAUAUAAGUAAUUCUCCUGGCACAACUCUUAGUGUGGAUAGUAGAUUAUUAAAACCAGUAUCCAUAUCGACACAUAAAUCUAAUUCUGUUGUUUCGGGGGACACUGCAACUGUUAGCAUUAGUAACCAUACCCAAGAAGAUGAGCUUACAAAUGAUGAUGAUUUUAUCAUACCAAAGAAACCACCUAAAAGCAACCGCGCUAUCCGAAGUAAGGACUACUGUUUUUUCUGUGAAGGUUUUGUUUUAAAUUUUGCCAGACAUUUAACUAGACAUCAUGUUUAUGAACCUGAAGUCCAAAAAAUUUUAUCGGUGUCCAAAAAAAGUCAAGAAAGAAAAAAUCUUAUCAUGGCACUACGAAAAAAGGAAAUUUUAUUCAAAAUUCAGUAGAAAUUACUAAACCCAUGCGAAAACAAAAAUUUACAGAUUAUUUGCCCUGUACAAACUGUCUAGGUUUCUACUCAAAGAAACUUUUGUGGAAACAUAUGAAAAAGUGCACACAAAAUUCGAAUAAAACUACUGUAAAUGUUCAAUCUGAAGCCCAAAACCUAUUAUUAAGACAUUUAAAAAUAGAUGAAAAACUUAAGGAUACUGUAUUUCUGCGAAUGAGAGCCGAUAAAACAUCACUUGUUGCCAAAUCAGAUGUCCUGAUAUGUAGUUUUGGAACACAGUACAUGAAAACCCACAGGGAAAAACAUUUUGUAAACGUAAUUUCUCGAAAAAUGAGGGAAUUAGCGAAAUUAUUGCAAGAAAUGAAAAAGAUUAAUCCUUCCAUAAAAGAUUUAUUUGACGCACUUAGACCGAUACACUACGACACCAUUGUGGCAGCUACAAAAAUAGUGGGAAAGUAUGACUCUGAAAAAGAUAGAUUUGAAUCACCCACAUUUGCUAUGAACAUUUCUACUAGUAUAAAACAAUGCUGCAAUAUAGCAAUUUUAUUUGCAUU